AUACGCGUUUGCUUGGUUUUAUAGUUAAUCAUAUUUAGUCGCACUAGGUCAUCAAAUUUUCUGUUUUGGAUCCAUGGCUCUCAAUCCUCAACUUUUUCCCCAUGGGAUGCCAGUGCCCUUCGUCAAUGAGCUAUUCGUGCUUGCCAGAGAUGGCGUGGAGUUUAAUGUCGAUAAGAUUCCUGGAGCUCAUGGGGGCAACGUAAAAGCGAAGGGGACAAUUUACUUGUCAAAUAUUCGCAUGGUCUUUGUUGCUAGCAAACCUGUUGGAAACUUUUUUGCCUUUGAUAUGCCCCUGCUCUACGUCCAUGGUGAGAAAUUUAACCAGCCAAUAUUUCAGUGCAACAAUAUUUCUGGUCUUGUGGAGCCUGUGGUCCCAGAAAAUGAGCAUAGGGCUCUAUACUCCACCCAUUCUUUCAAGAUUUUGUUUAAGGAAGGGGGUUGUGGUACCUUCAUUCCGCUUUUUUUCAACUUGAUUUCAUCAGUUAGACAGUAUAAUCAACAAACAAAUAUGCCAGCAGAACCUCGUGUAGAUCCUUUACAAGCAUCACAAACUCCAGUUGAUGAAAUGAUGAGACAUGCAUAUGUUGAUCCGAAUGAUCCAACAAGAAUCUUCUUGCAGCAGCCCACUCCAGAUUCUCAACUCAGACGUCGCACCUAUCAGUCCCGCCCUGCUGAAAACUCCAUCUGAUUUUAAUCUUAACAGUUGAAGAAUGUGAUACUUUUUGCCAUUGUACGUUGUGUAGUUUGAGUACAUAAUAAACAUACUUAUUUGGGUGUUGUAUUGCAAUAAAUAUCUGCUUUUAAGUAAGCUCCUAUUUUUCC